AUGUCAUCGUCAAGACAAAGGGUACAAGCUACACGAAAUCCAGUCUUGCCUGCCAAGACAACUCCAGAGCAGAAAUAUUGGAAGGGGUUUGUCAAUCCCCAACUCAUUAAGGAAAACUAUCCUAUCUCGCACAUUCACUUCAAUCCAGUUUCUCCCCAUGACUUCGCUGUCACCUCCUCCACAAGAAUUCAGGUUUUUUCCUCCAAGACGCGACAGGUGAUCAAAACUUUCUCGAGGUUUAAAGAUACCGUUUAUUCCGGUGAGUACAGAUACGAUGGUAAACUUCUUGUCGCAGCAGACGCACUGGGCUUGGUAACCAUAUUCGAUGCCUAUCAGCCUCGAAGCUUGCUUAUAAGCUUGCAACCUUCGUCGCAUCCAACGCAUGUAGCUAAGUUUCAUCCCACCAUCGGCAAUCAAUUGGUGACUGGUUCAGACGAUAGAUCGCUUCGUAUGUACGACAUUUCCGACGCCAGCGCAGGACCUGUCGCUCAAUUUGACCACACUCAUCACGGUGAUUACAUCAGAAGUGUCAACUUCAUCCCCGGAAAUCCCAAUCUUAUCACAACUGGUUGUUAUGAUGGCUUCGUUCGUAUCUUUGACACAAGACUGCUGCUGCUUGUUGCCAAAUUCAACAAUAACAAUCCAGUUGAAGAUGUUUUGGCUCUUUCUCCUACUACUUUGGUAUCUGCCGGUGGUCCACAGGUGAAGGUCUGGGACUUGUCUCGGGGCCUGCAGAUCCAUGAAUUCAACAAUUUCACCAAGACCGCGACAACAUUACACAACACCGGAGACCAUGGACUUCUCGUAGGUUCUCUUGACGGUCAUGUCAAAAUCUUCGACUACACAAGCACCAACUGGGAUGUUAAGUUUGGAUGGAAGUUCGACUCUGGUGGUGUCUUGUGCUCUGCCGUAUCGCCAAACUUCAAGCACUUUGCCACUGGUCUCACUUCCGGUUUGUUAUCUAUCAGAACUAGAAAAAUGGACACCAAGGCUGCUACAGAGAAAGCCAAGAAAACCAGCACAUAUGCUAGAAUUACAAGGGGUGCUGACUAUCAUGGAGAGGAAGAUGAGCAGGUUGUUGUUGGAAGCUCCUCAUCCACAAAGAAACUCAAAACUUUCGAAAAACAUCUCAAUGCAUUCAAAUGGGCUGAAGCUCUAGAUAGUGCUGUCUCUCAAGGCGUUUUUAAGGAUGAAACAAUAACACUUCUCAACGAAUUGAAGAAGCGUGGUAAAAUUAGAAUCGCGCUCCAUGGAAGAGAUGAGAUCUCUCUCGUUCCUGUUUUGCUGUGGCUCCUCAAGUACAUUGGAGAUGUUCGUGCCUUUAACAUUGUGUGUGACUUUGUUGCCGUUAUUCUCGAGAUGUAUGGUAACUUAAUUGACAAGAGUGUUGCAUUGGAGGAAGCAUUUAAGAACUUGUCGCAAAAGAUCAACUCUGAGAUCAAGAAGUCUAAGGAGGCUAACGAAAUUUGCGGUAUGUUGGAGUUGUUGGCCAACUAA